AUGGCAAACACAGACGAACGACCCAAACUCAUAGUGGGUAUUGACUUCGGAACAACGUUCAGCGGUGUUGCUUGGGGGUUGGAAGACUGCCCUGAUGAUAUUGAGCUCAUCCAGACAUGGCCAGGUGGUGGUAACAUAACCAGUCAGAAGGUUCCGACUCUAUGUUCCUACGAGGAUGACCGCAUGAAAUGGGGUCAUCAGACUGACCAGUCUAGCCAACCCGGCAGAAAAAAUCGUCUCAUUCAAGGAGUCAAGCUUUUGCUGGAUGGAGGUCAGAAAUUUCGCUACUCACCCGCUAGUGAGGCUCAAAAGAUUAUCAUGGACCUCGGAAAAACGCCGGUAGAAGUUGUGGGUGACUACCUGGGCAAAUUAGCUGGUCACGCUCGGCAUGUGUUGACACGUCGCUUUGGAACUGCGCUGCAAGCCAUGGACUUGGAAUAUAUCCUCACUGUUCCUGCUGUGUGGUCUGACAAAGCCAAGGAUUUGACUUUGCAGGCAGCACACCACGCUGGUAUAUCCCCUACAAGGCUCAGACUUUUGUCUGAGCCGGAGGCGGCUGCGGUGUAUGCAAUUCGAGCUAUUCAACCUAACACAAUCGCGAAAGGCGACUGCUUGGUUGUCUGUGAUGCUGGCGGCGGAACAGUUGAUAUCAUUACCUAUCGCGUUAAGCAAACCAACCCGUUGAGGUUCGAGGAAGCCACAAAUGGAACUGGUGCGGUUUGUGGCUCCGUGAUGUUGGACGAGGCAUUUGACGCACUUAUCAAGGACAUCAUUGAGAAGCAGUCGUAUCAGCCAAUUCCCCAGUCUACUGUAAGGGCUGCCAGAAAGUACUGGAAAGAUUACAUCAAGCCUGGCUAUACAGGUCCUCUCGAUGACGAUGACUUGUGUGAGCCAGGGUAUUGGAUCCCGGUUCCUGGCGUUUCGGGGAUCUCGAACGUCGACCUCAGUGAGGGUCACCUAUAUCUAGACAGAGACCAAGUGAAAGUAAUUUUCGACCCAAUCAUUGACCAGAUUGAGAAUCUCGUCGCCAGGCAGAGAGCGAGUGUCAAGGCAGCAGGUCUUUCGACCAAGGCCAUUAUUCUAGUUGGAGGCCUUGGUGCCUCCGGAUAUCUCUUCAAGCGCCUACAAGCUGCUUCUGACGGAAUCCAAAUCAUGCAGCCCCCAAAUGCAUGGUCCGCUGUUGCUCGGGGCGCGGUCAUCCGUGGACAAGAAGGCAACCAAAUCGAUAGUCGCAUUGCCCGAUGCAGCUAUGGCGUCAGUAUGACAGUCCCGUUUGAUCCUGCAACUCACCGUGCCGAUCACAAUCUGAAAUGGUGUAAGUAUGAAGAGAAAUGGAAAAUGCAUGAACGCAUGCGAUGGUACAUCCACAAAGUCAGUAACUUCCAGUCUUUACCGACAAAUCCUUUGGAGAUUUUGAGUGCUUACCUGGGCAACCUUUAG